UUAUUUAAAGGGUAGCUCGGCUGCCCUUUUCGCUCAUCAUAUCCACUAAAUAGAAGGAACAGAAACAUCACCAGUUUUUCUUGUGAUCAUUAUAGUUAUAGGAACCAACCAACCCCAUCUUCUUUUUAUCAAGAGCCCCCUGUUUCUCUUUGUUUUCGAGAUCGCACUUUUGUAGGCUUGUUUUCAGGAAUCUACACCCACACACAGAAAAAUUGGAAAUGGUGGCUUUGGUGUCUCAAGAAAACAUGGUUGCUUUGGUUUCUCGCACCGGAAGGCAUUUGCAACGCUACUACAAGGGUCGUCGCCAAGUUGUAGGAUGUAUACCGUACAGAUACUCGGAAGAAGCACGAGAGUUAGAAGUUCUUGUCAUCAGUUCACAGAAAAGCGACAGGAUGUUGUUCCCAAAGGGAGGUUGGGAAAUGGACGAAUCCAUAACAGAGGCGGCUUCACGAGAGACCGUAGAGGAAGCAGGGGUACGAGGCAUUAUUGAGCGUGAAUUGGGUAAAUGGAGCUUCAAGAGCAAAACCCAUGAUACUUACUAUGACGGAUACAUGUUCCCUUUGCUUGUGCGAGAGCAGUUAGAUUUCUGGCCGGAGAAGAAAUUUCGCCAAAGAAAAUGGAUGAGUGUGCAAGAGGCUAGAGAAGUUUGUCAACAUUGGUGGAUGAAGGAGGCCCUAGAUAAAUUUGUAAGUCGGCUGACGUCUCAACAGCAUGAUGAUCACGAAGAAGUUGGCCAUUGUUCGUUAAGUUAGGAGGCCAAAUCUGAUUUUGUAAAUAGAAAGUUGUUGAGCAGCGCUGUUGCUUUAAGACCAGAUGACCCAAGCUAGGAAAGGUUGUCAUUUUCUGGUUCUUUUUUCCCAAAAUAUUACAAAGCUUCUUGGGUAAACGGUGGAAACGCUGCGAGAAUAGUUGAGAAAUAGAGACAUGUUCGCAAAAUUUGUAAACAUGGUUUCUGAUAAUAAAAGAAGUUUUUGUUUUAGA